AUGGAUCCGACCGCGGAUUUUGAGCGGACUGAUGUUGGUGCCGGCCAAGACCCUGCGGGAAACCUCCCCGCUGAAGAUGCCGGCCUUUCCGAGAUGACCUUAGUUGUACGCUUGAACAACGCCACCUCUCUUGCGCCAACUGCCCCAGAUCCACAGACAGUUGUCAAUGACACUCCCGCUGCAAACCCCGCUCCGGAGGCUACCGGCGAACAAACUGCGAGUUCAGAUACUGUCGCCGCCUCCAACAUCCAUGGGAAUGUCAAUGACGCUGCCAGAGAGUUCGAAGUGCUGGAGGAGCCAGCCGAUGCCCACGAGACCUUGAUUAGCUUAAUGACAUUCGGGGUUUUGAUGCACUCUCGUACUAAUGACUUGCAUUACCUGGUAAUGAUGAAGAAAGAGGUGGAAAGAUACGCCCAAGCUUCGGGAUUGGACAUUGAGGUGCCCGACAACGAAGCUGAUCACAUUUUGAACAUUUUGUUCAGAGGCCAAGAUCCUUGGCUCCGGGAGGAGGCAAACGGUGAAGCCAGAAGACUCAAAAAAUACUGGCCAGAAGUAGAGUCUGCAGGCUUGACUGGAGAAGCUCUUCGUCGUCUGUCCCGACAGCUACGCGACCCUGAAUUCACUCAUUAUUGUGACGCAAGAAUGCGCCGACAGAUUGUCGUUGAGUGGUGCAUCCGAUAUCAAGAUCGCUCUUCCUCUUCCAUCGAAGAAAUGAAAAAGUUACUGCUCAAAGUUUGGAAAUCCUGCCAAGCCCAGAGGCAGUGCAUUGGACCAGCGAAGGUAGACUGGGCCCCUUACGAUGGCAAGAUGGCGCAUAUUGUUCAAAAGAUCAACAAUACCAGCGAUCCAGACUGCGAGCGCAACUUCUACAUGGGAAUGUUACGCACCUCAAUUUACAAGAAGGAGAUCAACUUGAAGGCACUGCAGGCAGCCAACAGCAAGACGCUUUUGCAGAACGACUUUGGCAUCGGUCCCUCGAGACGUCUCGACGACAUCACACAGCCGUUGGAGGACUUUUCUCGCCUAGUGGAUGCGAACGAGGCACGCGUGAAGGGGAGGGAGCUUUACGUCUGUGGAAAAUACAGCGGCGCACUUCCGGUUCACGCUGCUAUUAGCUGCUUCCAGAGCUCCAUCAAUCUGGACAAGAUCUUUCUACGGGAUCUGGAGCAGAGAGCGGCCGACUCUGAAGCCAUCAACGAAGCUGAAGCCAAUGAAGAUGCUGCAGCUAUCGGCCAGGAGUCAUUUGCCGAGAUGGAAACCGAAGAGGAGCCUGCCGCCGUGGUUGGAGCGGAUGAAUCCACGUACUACAACGCCGCGACUAGCAUGCUCACUGAGGAUUCUGACUGCGCCAGCGAGGGUGAAUCCUACAUUCUAACGGAUGAUGAGGAAGCUCGUGCUGAGUUAGAGUGGCUUCCGGAGUCCGACGAGGAGAUGCAGUGUGGAGACAACAGCUCUGAUUACAGCGACAACUCGGACUGCAGCACUACUAGCAGCGUUGAGGAGAUGAGUGAGUGA